CUUCUCGAAAAGCCCAUUGACUUCAUUUCAAAUCAAAAAAUACAGUUAAGUUGAACAAGUCACAGGAUAAUCACAACCAGGAGAUAGAAACAGCGUACAAGACUUUUCUCAAUACUCAGCGGGUUUGAUCAAGUGGACACAAGACGUCGCUUGAGAAGCCGAAGCAAAACACAUACAGCUUCAAACACUACCAGCCAUCAUGUCGUACCGGGCUGUAAACGGUUAUAACGGAGACGUCACCCCUCCYCCAACUGGCCAACCUGUGGGUCGUUCAAGCAGCUUUAACAUUCGAAGUUCACAAUACAUAGCUCACCAAGAGAAAAAUUGGGUUGAAAUACAGAAGAAUACCUUUACAAAUUGGUGCAAUGAACAACUUAGAAAUUCAGGGAUUGUCAUAACGGAUUUAGAAACAGCUUUCUCAGAUGGUAUCACUCUAGUGCAUCUUGUCGAGGCGGUGUCGAUGAAGAAAGUUGGAAGAUGGAAUAAGAACCCAAAACUCUACGCACAAAUACUAGAAAAUACUACAGCAGCCUUGAAAGUGCUCGAAAAAGACGGGAUUCAGCUCGUGAACAUAGGCAACGAAGACAUCGUCAAUGGCAACAUUAAGCUCAUCCUCGGCUUAAUAUGGCGUCUUAUCCUCCAUUACCAGAUCAGUUCUAGUGGCAGUACCUCAGGAAAGCAACUUCUUCUACUCUGGCUGCGUAACGCACUUCCAGACCUCACUAUCAAAAACGUCACGACAGACUGGAAUAAUGGUAUCUUGCUGUCCGCGCUCGUAAACUUCUGCCAGCCUGGUCUGAUGCCGAACUACAAAUCCUUAAACCCUGAGGAUAAGUUAAGAAAUGUCACACUCGCAAUGAAAACAGCAGAAGAAAAACUUAGAAUUCCUCAGAUUCUGUCACCAGAGGCUUUCGUCAGUCCAUACGUUGAUGAGCUUAGUAUGAUGACGUACCUUUCAUUUUUCACCCAACCAGGGUCCCCUGGGGAGAGACGUACUCUUGAGAUUAUCAACGAAGCUGCGCCCAAGGUACAUGCUAAGAAUUUCAACACAGAUUGGAACAGCGGCCAGGCCCUGGGGACUUUCCUGGAAUCUCAAUGUCCAGGAAUUAUUCCAGAUUAUGAUCGUUUUGAUAGCAUGACGGCUGUUCAACGAGCUGACAAGGGCCUCAAAGCAGCCGAAGAAAAACUAGGAGUCAAAAAGGUCUUGACAGGAAAAGAAAUGACAAGCCCUAACGUAGACGAGCUGAGUGUGAUGGCCUACAUGUUGCAGUUCCGUAACUGCGAACGAAUGACGAGCCACGCCCGAGCAUUCACGGCCGAAGGGCCUGGACUAAGACGAGCCAUCAGAGGCAGAAUAUCCGAGUUUCAAGUGUUUGGACGAAGAGAAUUGGGACUGGAUAAUGUAAAAGUCGAGGCGACAGGACCAGAUGGUAAAGACGUGCCAGUGACUGUGCGCCAAACUCUUGAUGGACUUAAGUGUCACUACAUAGCCCACGACACUGGAGCCCAUCAAGUGGCCAUUACCCACGUUGGAAAACACAUUCCUUCAAGUCCAUACCGCGUUGAAACUGUGGAAGACGUCAGUGAAACAAUGGUAUCAGGACAAGGACUUAAAAACGCCAUCGUGAUGAAACCUGCAGAGUUUAUAAUCAGGAUGUCAAGUCCAACGUCAGACCUAGUGACAGCAGUGGCUGAAGCACCCAAUGGACAAACCGUGCCAAUCGAGGUAAUAAAGCAGUACGAUGGAAGCUACCGGGCAAGGUUCAUUGCCAGAGAUGUUGGUGAACACAAGAUAUCCGUCAUGGUUGGAUCUACUACUCUUCCGGGUUGUCCGUUUGUUUCCAAAGUUGGUGAUCCUACUAAAGUUCUCUUGACUCCUCAAGACGGAGGUACCGCACCUCAGAUGGGCAAGCCAGUAACGUUCGAGGUUGACACAACCCAAGCAGGACUCGGUGAACUUGCCAUCAAAUGUAAAGGACCUAAGGGUGGCAUACCCGUGGAUGUACGGGCUACAACCCGCGGAAAAUACCUGGUAUCGUAUACUCCGACCAUAGCCGGAGAGUACCUCACACAGUGUACGUUUAAUGGUGAAGAAGUCCCAUCCAGCCCUAAAUCAACUGCGAUCGGAGAUCCCAAUCAGAUUGUCGCUCACGGUGAAGGUCUCUAUCAAGUUGCUACGGAAUCCCAAGGAGAAUUCUACAUCUCGUUCCGCGGUGCCGCAAAAGAAGGACUGGAGGUGUACGGAGAAGGACCACGYGGACGUUUCCCCGUAGACUUGGUGGAAAACCCGCACGAGAGGGACUCGUACAGCGUGCGAUACACUCCUCAGGGCAUCGGGCAGCACAAAAUCUACGUUCUUUACCAAGGACAAGCCGUGCGCGGCAGUCCAUUUUUAGUCAAGGUUGCUGACCCUUCAAAGGUUAAAUUGACGCGCAGUCACACGCAGAGUAAAGGUUUUGUGGUCCUUCGCGAGGUGGAUAUCCCCGUUGAGGUACCAAGAGAGGCAGGUGAAGGGCAGCUUGAAGCAGCAGUCAGGGGUCCUGACCUUGAGAUGAUUCCAUCCUCAGUGACGCAAGAAAGUGAUGGAUAUCAUCAUAUUCGUUUUAUGCCACGCAGGGCUGGUCAUCAUAAGGUGAUGGUGAAGUAUGGUAGUAAGGAGGUGCCUGAUAGCCCUUAUGAAAUCCGCGUUGGUGAUCCAUCAAGUAUCAAAGUUAAGGAAUCUAUUCAAACAAGAACUGGAUUCAAGACCAUGAGUGAGAUUGACAUUCCAAUCGAUGUCCCAGACGAUGUGGGGGAGAUAACUCAUUCAGUCAAAGGCCCAAACCUUGAGCACGUUCAGUCUACGAUAAACAAAGAGAGAGAUGGGCUUCAUCAUAUACGCUUCACUCCGAUCCGGUCCGGUCGCUAUACCGUAGACGUGCUAUGUGCAGGACAUCACAUUGAAAACAGUCCUAUGGUCAUGAAUGUCCAAGAACCAACUCCUAUCAAUGUCAAACUUAAAGAAUUCGAGAAUCAGGAAAGGAUUAGGUACCACGUCCGCCAACCCCUGGACGUUCCCAUGGAGAUCCCAGCAGAGGUUAAAGAGGUGUCAGCCGAGGUGACGGGUCCACAACAAGAGCACGUGCUGUCCACAUUCUCCAGGGAAUCCGAUGGCUAUCAUCACUUGAGGUUCAUACCCUACAAUAAGGGGACGUACAACGUGAAUAUAAAGUGCAAAGGAAAGCUUGUCGAUGGGAGUCCAUUCAAGAUAAACGUCGAAGACCCAAGCAGCACUCUCGUGCGUCUCAGACACUCCGAGGUUGAGGAAACCCAGUACGUGGUUCGCCGUGAACUGGACAUUGCCAUGGAUAUCCCAGAAGAUCACUGGGAGGUGACGUCUGUGGUGAACGGUCCAGAUGAUGAGAUCAUGCCAUCGAGUGUUGUCAAGAGUGAAGAUGGAUAUUAUCAUGUCAAGUUUGUCCCCUAUAGACCUGGCACUUACAAGGUACACGUCCGUUGUGACGGAGAAGCCGUUGAAAACAGCCCAUUCCUGAUUAAAGUCGGCGAGCCUGAACCAGUCCAGGUGGCGCACGUACGAAACGAGGAGCUUUACUCUGAACGGUUCACAAGAAACGAGGUUGAUUUGACGGUGGAGAGCUCCAAGGAGAUGGACGAACGACUGUUUAAAGCCAAUGUUCUUGCCCCCAAUGGUCGAGAUGUGCCUUGUAAUAUGGUACGGGAUGUUAAUGGACGCCAUCAUGUCAAGUUUAUGCCACAGCGCCCCGGUCAAUACAGGGUAUUUGUUCGAUACAACAACGAGCUGGUCCAGGGUGCGCCUUUUGUUGUGAACGUUGUGGAUGACAAGCGUAUUGAUCUUGAGAUUAACGAAGAGACCCAGCGAUAUGAAGCCUACCAAGAAGUAGACCUGAAGCUAAAUGCUCCUGUCAAUUCUCGCAUGGAGCAGUUUGAUGCAAGUGUUUAUGAUGCGUAUGAAGAAGAGGUGCCUUGUGUUAUUGCUAGAGGACGUGACAGUAGUCAGUAUUUUGUAAGGUUUGUACCCAAGACUGCCGGCGCACACAAGAUGCACUUGAACUACGAUGGGCAAGCAACUGAGGGAUCACCUUACAUCAUUAAUAUACUCGAAGGCAGGAUGACGGCUGAACAGGAAGCACAGAGAGUUGUUGCUUCAGGAUCAGGAAUAAAGAAAGGUUUGGUGAAUGAACGAUCCCAGUUCACAGUUGACUCGAGUGAAGUCAACGGUGAAGGUGAACUAACAGGCAAGAUGGUCAGCAUAAACGGGUCCACAGACGUGGAGGUCCAAAAACGCAGCAAUUACAUGUACAACUGCUCAUAUAUGGCACAAAGUGCUGGUGCAUACAAAAUGCAUAUGUACUGGAAUGGCUAUGACAUUAAGAACAGCCCCUUCAAAGUCGAUGUCCACGACUCACUAUCAACAUCUAAAAGCCAUUGUAAAGUCCAGGGCGAAGCUCUGAGUGAGCAUGGAGCAUACGUCAACCAAUGGAUGAAAUUCUGGGUCGACACCAACGGUCAAGGUGAAGGUCCACUGUACGUGCGCUGCUGCGGACCGACUAAAGACUGCGAUGUUAAGAUCUAUGACAACCAAGAUGGUACUUAUGACCUACAGAUCUACCCCACUGAGGUCGGCACGCAUGAGCUUCACGUGUCUUGGGGCAGGAGAGUAGUUUAUGGCAGCCCGUUCCUGAUUCGCGUCGGUCAGGAACCAGAUCCCAGCCAGGUCUAUGCUUAUGGGCCUGGUCUAGAAAAUGGCAUUUUGGAGUCAUUCCAAGGGAACUUCCUCGUGGAGACCAAAGGCGCAGGACCCGGGACGCUCAAGAUUCGUAUCCAUGGACCCAAAGGUGCCUUCAAAGUCGAAAUGUACCGAGAUCACACCAAAGAACGACGCAUUGGCGUGCGGUAUAAUCCUAAUGAACCUGGAAGGUAUACAGUCAAUGUCAAGUGGGCAGACCAACAUAUCCCUGGAAGUCCAUACGAGGUGCACGUGGUAGAGACAGAACAGGAAUAUGAGGCUUUGAGUGAAUUAAAUGACAACGUAGUGGUGCAUCGACCUAAUGAUCAAUCAGAUAGUUAUUAGUUACUUCAUAAAUACUUUUUAAGUAGUUGUUAAAUAACAUGCUCAUGCCUCGCAGUAUUCGCUAGAAGAGACUAGUUUCUGUGUUGACUUAAUUGUCAUAAUUGGUAUUUUGGUAUAUACAACUCUGUCUGCUGAAUGCUUUCUCUCAACUAAGAAAUUUUUCUCUCAAAAGAUUUAAAGUAAGGACAAAUUUGACACGUGACUUGAAGUUAAUUGAAUUGAUACAUGCAAGCAGUCAUUAUUCAAUAGAGACCUUUAAAUAUUAUAAAAAUGCAAUUGGACCACAGGAAUGAUACAUUCCUCGAGUUUAACGAAUCAGAAAUGCUGAUAAAAAGUUUUCAUAGAUUAACCAAUACAAAAGGAUGUACCAUUCGUUAGCAAUUAUGACGUCAUUUAUCGUGAAAAACGGUAGAAUUAUCAGCUUUGAUUAUAUCCUCGAAAAGAGGUCGGAACCUGGAUAUUCAGUUUYUCAACACGUCGACAUUCCAGGUUUCUGGCCUUGAUUUAGGUUUUUAGGUGAGAUUGCAUGAAUAACGUCCCAGUAAUUUCAUGUUUGUGAGUUAAUUCGAGCCACUAAUUUUAAUGAAUUUUGAAUGAUGUUGCUGGUACGAUCAUUCAUUUUUAACGUUGAUUCAUCCAUAAUGUAUUGUCAAGGCAUUGAUAAAUAUUCAAGGCCAAUGGGUAUGUGAAUAAGAGGGGCUGAUCCCCUUUGGGCCACACCCAUUUACCCCUUGGACCAUAGCUAUCGACUUUGUAGGGCCUCUCUUUACUCACUCAAUACAUUAUAUGCAACUGAAGGUAACAUUUGCUUUUAUAUAAAAACUAUUGCAGUAUUUCAAUUAGUAUUAAAGAAUAAUAUGUUACUCUUUCGAUAUAUUUUUCCCAAAAAAAUAAAAGUGYAUAUAUACACACUUAAAUUCUCCAACAAAACUGGGGAGUUUAAUUUUUCUUUUGAAAAAUCUAAAAAUGCAGUUCCUAUAAUUAUUCUCAUUUAUAUUUACAGGAUUAAUACAUUCUUCUAGUGGAGUACAUAUUAAUAAUUUCGUUAUUCCAUAAUAAGUACAAGGAUAUUUAUAAGUGCUAAGACAGAUAUUUUAAAAGUUGUUAAAUUUUAAAAAGUAGAAAAUAGAAUGGCCAGUAUUUAACCAAAAUAUUUGGAAACGGUCGUACGCGUAAUUAUGUGUAUUUUUGUGGAAAUAAAGUAUAAGUGACAAAAGUA